GGCAGACGUGUCUGUCAGAGCGCUCCGCUUGAACUGAAGUUUUCCCUACCUUUACGAUAAUUGUGUGCUUGUAAUCGCGUAUGGAUAUGUACGCUAGGUAACUGUACCUAAUAUCUUCAAGUUUUGGCUUAUCAUAUGGGAUUUGAAAAGUUGUAAAGGCGAAAUUUCUGCUUGAAGAACAUCCGCAACUAAGGAACAAAGACCCACGCGGACAAAAUGGCGACCGACGCGCGAGAAACCGGAGCACCUGGUGAGCUUUAUCGACUACUCGAGACAACCACCGACGCUACUGAAGAAGAAAUCGUUCAUGCCUACAAAGCGAAAGUGAAGAAUUACGAGGAAACGACCAACACGACCAAGGAUAAGCGCCUGUUGAACACAGCUCGACAGAAGUUUGCUGAGGUAAGCAAGGCCUUCUAUAUACUCUCGGACAAACACCGACGAGAACUCUACGACCAAUCAAACCGGAUAGUCGAGCCUACUAAACGUGACAAGAAAGCAAAGCCAAAUGGCGAAUACUUCGUGCAAUUCAACAAUGGCAGUGCAAAUGUCUAUCUCCCAGUAGGUUCAGUAGAACAGUGGGUAAAAGCCAUCGAAGCGCACUACGGCACAAGCUCAGUGGACAAAGAGUCCAAUAAUGCCCACCAGCUGGCAGUACCGUUUCUUGCGCCCGACACAAACGAAGCCGUCGGAUCAGUUACCUUACAUGUGUACCGAACUACGUGUAAGAUACUUGUUCAAGGAUCGGCGUACUAUCUAUGGACCAUGUACACUUUUGAACAGUUGAAACAGCUGAUCCAUCCACCGACAAUAGUCCCAGACACCGAAGUCCGUUGUGAGGACACAGUUUGCAUCAAAUGUAACCGCCCAGGCCCAGAAGACGAAGGAGUCAUGCAGUGUAACGUAUGCUACAAAUGGUACCACUAUGCAUGUACGGACCUACACGAAUCCUCUCUCUGUGAACUUAUUCAGAAUGAAGACAGUGAAUAUGUGUGUAUUGUAUGCUCCACUGAUACCACCGGUAAACUCAAGACACAAUGCCCGGCUGUCGUGCAGGAGGAAACAGACGUACGUGAGGAAACCGUCCCGAAGCAAGUUGUCGAUGACGGUAAUAACAACAGAACGGCAUCAUCGCCUAGUGACAGAAAAACUAGAGAUGAUGACCAAAUCGCAUCGCUUCAAAACAGCGUUGACAAACUUGAAGCUAUCCUUAGCACCAGGAUCACAAAGGAAAACAAUGCGGUAGACAUGUUGGCGGCGCGCAUUGCACACAUUGAAAACCGCCUAUUGUCUGACACAAAGGAAGCGCCCGGUGACAAGAUGGCGAAGGAGAGUGACAUUGAGGUGCUAAAAAGACGAGUGAGAUCCCUUGAGGCAGAAAACAAAAACUUGCGACACAGAAUAGCGGCCCUGGAAGAGAAAGGUGUCAAAAACGUCGUCUCCAUGGCAACACAAAGUGACAACACACCGGCGGCUCCUCAAACACUCAAUGAAGGCGAACCAUGCAUUGGUGAUGUAACAACAGUACCCAACAUCCCGACAAACAACAGGUUCCUUCCACUAACAGAGAAUACACCACCACAAGAACAGACAACUAACGGCGAUGUCCCAGCCAGCUCACACAACGGAAACAAACCACAGAGAGGCCCGACACCUAACCGGCGGCACAAUGACAAUCAGACACGGGCAGAAAUAGUCAUCAUUGGUGACUCCAACACAAAGGGUAUAAUCCCAAACAUGCUGUACCCCGGUAAAGGAGUUACAAAAUACACAGCGAUGACUAUCCCUCAGGCCUCUGUCAUGAUCAAGAGCACUGCUGACCUUGACCCCAAAUGUAUAGUGUUCCACGUGGGGACCAAUGACAUUAGACAAGAGAAGGCAGCAAAUGGAGUGACGGAAAACCUCAGAGAGCUAGUCAACACCACCCACACUAAGUACCCAAAUGCAGCUAUCGUGAUGUCAACAGUCCCACCCAGGGACGACAGUCACUUGAUGGAAGUGACACGCGAUGUCAACUCAUUCCUCCAGAUCCUUGGUCAGGAAACGCCCUUUCUUACUAUAGCAAACAACGACAAUCUUGGGGUUGGUAGACAGAUCAAACAAUACCUGUACCGACACGACGGGUACCACCUCAACAAAGGAGGGCUAAAGGUAAUGGCAGCGAACUGGAAGUCUGCCAUCCACCCCAAAGUAGGUCUUGGGGUCUACGACAGAAGAAACGGAAGGAGCGACCGUAACCCUCGCACCCGUAUUACAAGUCCGUCAAUGUCCUCACAACAGAGCAAUGAUAACGGACGCAACACAGAGAACGUGCAACCCACAAGGAGCGGCCAGCGCUACAGGGCAGCCAACCGACACCCUGCCGAACCCCGUAAUAGGGAACCCACAGCAACAGACCAGCUCCCACCUGAACCCCGCAGCAUGGAACCUACAGCAGCCGGUCGGGGCUGUGACGCACCGUGGCAACCCCCGAGACCAACCGACGAUAGACGACGCCCAUCCAGCUGGUCGCACCCACCGUACCAACGUGACGCAGCCGUCCCGCCACGCCCGUUCCCUCCAUUCGUCCCCAACUUCGAACACAUGUACAUGGACUGGUAUCCAGAGACCCAGAGAGAUCCACGGCCGUGGGUUCCUCCGGAGUUCGCUCAGAGGUAUCCAGACUGGCGAUACUAUGAGCACAUGCGUUACUAACUGGUCACCCUUGAAGGUAUGAUGAAAAGCGAUUUAAUAACAACUAUGGAAUAUGUGAGAUGGAUAACAGUAAGACGAGAGUAGUCAGAUACAUCCAUUAUCUUAGAGGUAGAUCAAACUAUUACUAGCAAGGUAACGUACUAAUAUUAUCGUAAAGGUAGGGAUAAAAUACUAAAUUGUUUAUAAGACAUGUCCAAUGGUUCAUUGAACAUAGGAUUUUGGAAUGUGCACGGUUUAGGUAGAAAACUUGAAGUAGAUAAUUUUAGAAGUAGUUUAGAAAAACUAGAUCUCUUUGCCCUUAUUGAAACUUGGAGUAACGAAUCAUCAGAAGUUGACAUUCCAAAUUUUUAUCAUUUCUCAUCACUAAGACAGAAACAACAAAAGGCCAGAAGAAACUCAGGAGGUAUAAUAUUUUACUUUAGACAAGAAAUAGAUAAGUACAUCAAAAGAGAACGGGGCACUUCUGAUUGCAGUGACUUGCUCUGGA